GAACCUUUCCCAAAAUGGUUGUCUGAUUUUACUGGUUUGAAAGAAUGGCCAGGUUUGGAGCCACCUUAUAUUCCAUUGGAUUUUAUUGAUUUCAAGAAGAUUUCUAAAUUUCCUGUUCAUGACCAAGGUGUUUGUCCUCAAAGUAGAGAUAGCUGUUCUUAUGAUUGUUAUAAAUGUGUUGAACCUGAUGAUGUUUACAGUUGCAAAAAACUUUCUCAGAGUUUUGAUGAUGGUCCAAGUCCUGCUACUCCAAAAUUAUUGAGUCAUUUGAAGCAUAAAACAAGUUUUUUCACAUUAGGAAUUAAUGUUGUCAGAUUUCCUGAAAUUUACAGACAAGUCAGAGAUGAAGGUCAUUUAUUGGGGUCUCAUACUUGGUCUCAUAAAUAUUUACCAGGAUUAACAAAUGAACAAAUCAUUGCACAGGUUGAAUGGUCGAUUUGGGCAAUGAAUGCAACUGGUAACCAUUUACCAAAGUGGUUUAGACCACCAUAUGGAGGAAUUGAUAAUAGGGUCAGAUCAAUUUUACGUCAAUUUGGUUUACAAGCUGCUCUUUGGGACUAUGAUACUUUUGAUUGGCAAUUGAUGUCAAAUCAAAGAACAGAAUCAGAAAUCAUUAAUGAAGUUAAGAAAUGGAAAGCCAAAUCAAACAAACCAAAUGGAUUGAUUCUUGAACAUGACGGCUCAAUCAAAACUGUUAAUGUCGCUCUAGAUAUCAAUAACGUUAUUGGAUCAGAUCAGUUAACUGUUGCUCAAUGUAUUGGUGGUAAUGAUUAUUUAAAAGUUUAC